AUGCCAAGAGAAACAAAUACUGGGGAUAGGCACGACCACCAAUUAAGGUCGAUGGGUCCUCCCGGAAUCGAGGAAGACGCGCUUUGGUCUACGGAUGUAGAGGGUGCUGCAGGGGGAGAGCGCGUAUCGAUGGCUGGAGGGUUGUUGAGGACGCCAGUGGAGCGAUUUCGGGAACGGAUCCGGGAUGUUGAUCCCGCCAAACAGAAGGAUUCCCGGAAACACUUGAAUUUUGCCGACGUGGGUCUGGUCGCAGAGCAACUCCUCGAGCUGGGCGACGAGAACUCGGCCAAAGCACGGCUCGGUUUGGAGGAGAAGUCCGCGACGAACUUGGCGGUAGCACAGGCGGCAGAGACCUAUCGGAAGGCGCAGGAGGCCGGAGUCAGCCAGUCGUUGAGAGAGGAAAUCCGGAGCGGUUUCCUCGAGAUGAUGAAGCUCCUCAACGAUGUGAUCAGGCCAGAAAAUCCUCUGCCUCUUCCGGCGACACAGCAGCAAGGGGAUCGGCAGCAACAACCAGCGCAGCAGAAGCAGGGUGCCAUCCCGAAAGGAUACAGACCAUGUCGGCCACCUCCAUUGGUCCCACCGAAGCCGCAGCGAAGGACCUACACAUCGUCGGAUUGGGCCAGCAGCAGUCCAGGUCUUCCUCUGGAGGCCGAGCAGCACAGACGGCAGGACGUAUGCCAACGUGGGCAUUGGGUGCAGCAGUCGGUAUCAAAAAGUGGACCGCUGGAACAGUUCCUGCAGCGGCAGCAUCAGUGUCCAUGGCAUGAGGUUUUGAGGCACUUCCACGUAUUUCUCAUCGGUCGUGCCAAGGUGUGGUACUGGAUCCACGUGCGACAGUCCAGAGUCGACAGUUGGCUGCAGCUGCGCCGAGCCCUUAUAGACCGAUUUAGAGGGCACCAGACCGAGCAUGACCGGAUGCACGAGCUCCUGCAGCGGGAACAGCAGCCGGGCGAGACGGUGGAGGACUUCAUCCACUGUAUGCAGCAGCUCGCCUCACGCCUAAAAAAACCAAUGCCGGAGCGGCAGUUGGUGAAGGUGGUUAAAAAAGGCUUAAGGGAUGGCGUUGCGCGCUUUGUCUUCGCGAUGGAAAUAUUUACCGUGGACGAAUUGCGGCAGGAGUGCAUAGAGGUGGAACGCAGUUUCGGUCGCCGAAGACGCACCUCGUACCAGCCACCAUUGCGUCAUCCGGCAGGGGAUAGACCCCGAGUGGCCGAAGCGUGCGUACCGGAGCCUCAGGAAGAUUCCUUCGACGUGGAUGAAUUGCGUGGACGACCCCGAAAUCCAUUCCGGACGGAUUGCUGGAACUGCGGUGCCGCUGAUCCCGGAUUCCGUGAUUGCGAGACCGUGGAUCGCAAGCUGUUUUGCUACAGAUGUGGCCGACCAGACACUGUCUUACCAAAGUGUCCCGACCGGAAAACGGCAGACUGGGCGAUCCGAAGGCAGGAGGGAAUCGUCCAGAGAGGAAUCCUGCGAAUGGUGGCGGCAGUAAAACGCGUUGACUCACGUGAUCCUCGACCUUUCGCGAACCUCAAGGUUUUUGGCCAGCCAAUCACCGGCUUGCUGGACACGGGUGCCAGUGUCAACUUGCUAGGCAAAGGUUGCAGAGGUCGUGUAGAGGCGUUGGGCGUGGCUGUCCAGCCCUAUUUGUCGAAGGUGACGACGGCUGCUGGAGAAGAUCGGUCGAUUAUCGGACGAGUUGAGCUGCCUGUGGAGUACAAGAGGAUGAGCAAGGUGAUAACAUUUUAUCUCUGCCCAUACCUAGAACAGGAAGCGUACUUUGGAGUCGAUUUUUGGCGAACGUUUGGUCUUGCUCCAGCAGUCGUAGGAGUGGCCGUACCCAGCGGUGGAAAGAAAGCGGAGGAAAUCCAUGCCAGGCAGAUGGAGCACUACGCCGAACAGGAAGACGAGGACGAGACGAAGGAGGAUCCCGAGUCAUGGAGCCUUUCUGUGGAGGAGAAGGAGGCUUUAGAGAAAGUCAAAGGGGAGUUUCUUAACUUCGAGCGAGACGGUCUUGGCACUACCAGCCUGGAGCGACACUCCAUCGAAUUGGUUGAAGGAGCCCGAGUGUUCAAGGACCGGCCCUAUCCCAUGUCUCCAGCGAAGCAGAAAGUGGUCGAGGACGAGAUCGACAAGAUGCUCGAGCUGGGAGUCAUCGAGGAGAGUAAGAGCCCCUGGAGUAAUCGCACGACGGUAGUUUCGAAGCCAGGAAAGGAUCGAUUUUGUCUGGAUGCCAGGAAGCUCAAUGCUUUGACCGUGAAGGACGCAUAUCCCCUGCCCAGUAAUGAUGGCAUCACUGCUUAG